UAGUAUAGAGAUCAUCACAAGCACAAGCAUCAAAACCAAGAAACACUAGUUAACACCAAUCCACCAUGAAGACCUUCCUCAUCUUUGCACUCCUUGCCAUUGCGGCAACAAGUACCAUUGCACAACAACAACCAUUUCCACAACAACCCAUCCCACAACAACCACAACCAUACCCACAACAACCCUUACCACCGCAACAACCAUUUCCACAACAAACCAUCCCACAACAACCACAACCAUACCCACAACAACCACAGCCAUAUCCACAACAACCCUUCCCACCGCAACAACCAUUUCCACAACAACCAUCAUUUUGGCAACAACAACCAUUUCCACAACAACCACCAUUUGGGCUACAACAACCAAUUCUAUUGCAGCAACAACCAUGUACACCACAACAAACACCACUCCCACAAGGACAACUGUACCAAAUGCUUAUGCAAAUACAAAUACCCUAUGUUCAUCCAUCUAUUUUGCAACAGCUAAACUCAUGCAAGGUAUUCCUCCAGCAGCAAUGCAGCCCCGUGCGAAUGCCACAAGUUAUUGCUAGGUCACAAAUGUUGCAGCAGAGCAGUUGCCAUGUGUUGCAGCAACAAUGUUGCCAGCAACUGCCGCAAAUUCCCGAACAAUUCCGCCAUGAGGCAAUCCGUGCAAUCGUCUACUCUAUCUUUUUGCAACAACAACCCCAACAGUCGGUCCAAGGUGUCUCCCAACCCCAACAACAAUUGCAGCAGGAGCAAGUCGGACAAUGUUCUUUCCAACAACCUCAACCACAACAACUUGGUCAACCACAACAGGUACCACAGAGUGUUUUCUUGCAGCCACACCAGAUAGCUCAGCUUGAGGCGACGACUUCCAUUGCGCUACGUACCCUACCAACGAUGUGCAAUGUUAAUGUGCCGUUAUUCGACAUCAUGCCAUUCGGCGUUGGCACCGGAGUUGGCGUCUAAUGAUAAGAAAAGGUCUCGAGAAAUAUAUAGUUGCAUCAGCGUUGUUUAAUCGAUGUAUAUGUCGAUGUAGCGGUGACAAAUAAAGUGUCACACAACCUUAUGUGUGACCGGCCCAAACUUGUUGUUUAAAUUCUGGAAUAAAUAUAAAUAAAGCUUUAUCUAGACAAUAUUCA